AUGUCAGUCAACGGGGUCGACGAAGUUGAAUACAUGAUGGACGACGAGGAGAUGGGUAACACAUUGGAAGAGGAGAUGGAUGAUGGUUUGUUAUAUGCAAGGGGUGCAACUGGAAACGAGGUGGAGAACGAGAAUGAACUUGUAAGACAUCCACUCGCACUUCUGAACCCUUAUUCAGCUUGAAAUAGCAUCUUCCCAUCUAACAGAAUGGGAUUAGUUAGCUCCAUAUGUGCUCCUUCCUGGUUCUAUUUUUCAUUUCAAUUAUUUUUUAUCGUGUGGUUGUUGUGUAACCAAGUAGUUCAUUGCUCCCUUUUUGCAUCUUGUGGACUCGUCCUGACCCUCUUUCAUUGUGAGCAGCUCACCAUGGUGACUGAUACAUCUUCGGCCCAAGCCAGGAAAGGGAAGGAUAUUCAAGGGAUCCAGUGGGACAGGUUAAAUUCAACGAGACAAGACUACAGAAGGACUAGAAUUGGAUCAUACAAGAACUAUGAGAACGUUGCGUCGUCUGGGGACCUUGCAGACAAGGUUACUAUUUCUUUUUCCUGCCUCGGGAAUAUGAUGUGGCGUUUUAGUGGGCAGCUGUUUGAGAACUUGAUUGUCUUAAUUAGGAAUGCCAACAAGUGGAGCAAGGUGGAAGCUAUUAUGACUUCCAGUACAACUCAAGAAUGGUGAAACCCACAAUUCUCCAUUUUCAGGUUGUUGAUUUUCAUAAAACCGUGUUUAUUUCUUUUCAUACUCACAAUGCCUGUCUUUUGGUCAUGAAAUUCCAUCACCAUGUUUUUAACCACUCAUGUACUCAUAAUUCAGUUCUCUAGUCUCAAAGUAGAAUGCCUUAUAAACAAUCUUCCUAUGUGAUAGGCGUGUAAAAAGAUUUCUCCCGAUUUAUUAACUGAGACCAACCUAUGGAUACUAAUCUUCUUCUUAUUAAACUGUGAGUCUUGCCCUUUUAUUUGGUCACGGUCUUGUGCUUGAACUAUUUGAAGUUUCGUUGUCUGAAACGAUUCUACUUUCGUUUUUCCGAAAAGCUGUGAGGAUUCUUCUCAGUUUUGAAUAUUUGUUGGAUGGUAUCAUAAAUUGUUGGCAUUCAUAUUGAAAGAAAUUGUUUUGGUGUUUUGUUGGUGCAUGCACCCCGACACAGGAGCUCAAAAAGAGAUUUACUUCGGAACCUAUUCAGCAUAUUUUGUCUAGAAAUAGUUUGGCACGUAGUUCUGUGCUUGUAGCCUUAUAAAUCUUCGGUACAUGGAAUGCUAUGAAGGAAUCCGCUCUGCAGACAUGAGAAAUAUGUUGUCAAAAGUCCUAUUUCUCUGGCGCUUUGGAAAUUCAGAAUAUCUCUUUAAUUUUUAUUUCUUGUUUUGUUAUUUAUGUCCGAGACUGUGGCUGAUUUUGUGCUUACAUAUUUUUGUGUGUUUAUUAUAAGGUUCUUUAAUUACGCCAGGGCGAACUCACGUUUCCUAUUAUUUGUACUUUUGCAGCUAAGGAAUUUGGUUUGGGCCACUUCAAAACACAAUGUUUACCUUAUGUCAAAUAAUGCAGUCGUUCACUGGUCUUCACUAUCCCAUGAACUGUCUGAAGUUCUAAGCUUCUCUGGACACGUGGCGCCAUCUGAGGUGUGCCCUCUUGGUUUUCUCGUAUGAAUAUAAAGAAUAUAAAAUUCUUUGAUUCCACAUUUUAAUUUAUUUUCUCAAUUUCUUUCAGAAACAUCAAGGAAGCUUGAUGGAAGGAUUCACUGGAACACAAGUCAGUACCCUCGCAGUCAAGGAUAAUUUGCUAGUUGCAGGGGGCUUCCAGGGAGAAUUAGUUUGUAAGGCAAGUAUUUAUUUAUUUUGUUUUUUCUCUAGUGAGCAGAACAUAAUUUGCAUAUAUGCAUCCCUGCUCUUUUAGAAUGAAAUUUUCCCUUGGGGAACUCACUUCUUUCCAUGUUUGUGGAUUUGAUUGACUCAACGAAAUUUGUUAAAGUGAUACUGGAAUCGCUUUAAUAAAUUUUAUGCUUGUGCUUUUUUAUAUGUUGGAAAAGGGCACUUAAGAUUUUAUGCCUUCGUUUUUGCAUUCUCAACAUUUUUCCGGAAUUUCUGCGAAAAUGUGGAAAACAAAAUCCUUAAUAAACUUUCAAUGCUUUAUAAACUCUUGAGAUUACCUGAAGAGAAUUGUGUAAUGACUAGAGAUCAUCGCACUGUAACUUUUUUGGGGGAGUUUGAGAUCUUUGAACCGAAGGUUUCUGAAUUAACCUUGUAAAGUGGGUUGUUGUGAUGAAACACUGGUAUUUGCCAUAUCCUUGAACAACAAGGGCAAUAGAAACAUGUCGGGAUGUCAUAUGCUGUUGGGAUUUAUUAUGUUGAAAGCUUGCCAAACAUUUCUUGUCAUAACAUACUGCUGAGGCCAAGGCGCUGCUUUUCAUCUGGACAUAUGUUGCCUCCUAGGUCAAUUUCCCUGGCAUCAUAUAAGCUUUUGGCCUUCAUAUUACUUUUUUUGCGGAGAGCUUUCUUUAUAUUUAAGUCGAAGCUCCAGUUAGUGCGAAGUAUUGCUAGUUUAAUUUUUACUGUUAACCAAAGGUGAUGCUUGGAUCCAAAUAAUGCUUAAUCUCAGGACCAAAUGUAACAUUUGCAUCUUGUUGAAUGUGGUUAGUUUUUGCAAUUUUUUUAACUGCAUGUAGUUUCAUCAUUGGAACAUUUGUGGCUCUUAGGAGCAUUUCUAGUUGAAACCAGCACGAACGCUAAAGAAUAAUGUUAGGGGAAACCUAGUUCCCUUCCUAUUAGAAGAUUUAUUGGUCGACUAGCAAUUAGAUGAGUCAAGAUGAAUCUGGCUUACUCAGCAGUAAAAUUGGGAGAAUCCUGAAUGAUGAGGCCAUGUCUCGAGGGCCCAUAGGUGCUGAUUGGGGAUGGAAAAGGCUCGGAUGAAUUUCUUUGCCGAGCUGAAUUCUUAUUCAGAGUAGACUGGGCCUGAUUGAUCUGUCCGUAUGAUCCAAUGCAACAGAGAAUGUUGUAAGUUAUUGGUUAGGGGGGACGUUGGUUCUCAUUUGGAGAAUUUUGUCUUGUGAAUGUGUCACACAGUUAUAUAUGCCAGGUUUAUUGAAUAUGGAGUGAGACGUCAGAGUACUCGUUUUAUUCACAGGGGCCGAAUUUUUGGAGGUCUUCGUUCUUAAGAUUCGUUGGUUGCCGAUGGUGUUUGGAGAACUUUAAGACUCGUUCUUGGCUGGCUUUGAGAAUUUAAACGGUCUCGUUGGACUUGGGAAACUCUAAUAGAGCAGUGAACUCCGAAAGUUGGGGAAAGUGUUGAUUCAUUCCUUGGAUGUUUGGAGGAAUGACACAUGGAUCUGUUCUUCCUCGAUGUCCUUCAAGGUUUAUGGUAUACUAGUUUGAUGCCAAUCAUAUUGAUGAAACUAACACAAAUUUUCCACCAUUACCUUUAAAGACGGUUUGUGAGUAACAGGUAGAUUGAGCCUGGCUUUAUUAUGAUUAUUAAUAUUUCCACUGAAUGCGGUUAUCUCUAAUACUUAAAGCUGUUUUUUUUUUUUGUACUCCUACCAUUGCACCGCAUCAGAUUUGACAAGAAUAUAACAUUCCACAUGAAGUAACUUUCUUCAUUCUUCUACUAUGCACCGCAUAAAAUUUGACAUGAACAUCACCUCUAAAGACUCCUUAGUAGUUUGAACAAAGUCUAUUCAGAAGUAUAUCUCGUAAUAAAGGGGGCAAGGUACAUUGGACUGUAGAUGGUGGCUUGAUGGACCGUGCCUGUUCCGAUCUUGACAAAGAUCUAGUUGGCCUGAUUGGACAAUCGGAGCGAGGGACUGCUGAAUCUAGGAUUGACUGCUGGAUAAAUAUUCCACCAUGACAAAAAAGUAUUGGACCACUAGAGGCCAAUUUACAAAACCUGACUCCAUUUAGAUCUUUCAACUGGGUAUGAAUCGAUCUCAAGUUAACUCGUUCCAAGAUGCCAAUAAAAUAUUGGACUAUCAGAGUCCAACGUACGAAGCCAUUCUGGCCCACCCAGCUGGCUGAUUUGGCCCAGAACAAGCUGAUCCCAGAUCGAUCGUCCAAUUCACUAUGAAUCUGUCAAGUGAGAUCGUUCUAGUCUGAUUCUAGCCAAAAUGGAUUGACCCUAUCUGAUUUUGGGUAAAAAAGAAAAAAAAUAGAUGUAUAAUCUAGGGAGAUCAGAUUCCAUGCGUACACUGUAGGGGGGAAGGAGCAAUAUGCAAGUCAACAACUUGAACGGGCAAGUUAACAUAAUAAAUUAAAUGAGCCCAGGUAUGACAUGGAUGUUAUACAGUGGUUUUGAUUCUCCCAAAGACAUGCUUCCUAAACGGUUUUGAUUAAAUGUUGCCUGGUUAAUCCGAGGAAAUCUAAUUUCCCUUCCUCUCAAUGUUUUCCUUUCCAAAAACGGUGGGUAUUAUUCAUUAAAAAUGUACUUUGGCUGGCGUCUUUUUACAGCAUUUGAAUCAAAGGGGGAUCAGCUUCUGUGCGCGUAUGACUCUUGAGGACAACGCGAUAACCAAUGCCAUUGAAAUAUACACCAAUCCGAGGUACCGCGCGCUAGAAUUUUAUCGCUUAUCUCUCUUGAUGUGUGUUCAUUAUGAGAUAAUGGGAAAUUCUUUACAGCGGAAGUAAUUGUUUCAUGGCGUCGAACAAUGAUGGGGGCUUACGAGAAUACGACGUAGAGAAGUACCAGCUUUUGAAUCAUUUUCGUUUUCCCUGGCCUGUAAAUGUGAGCAAUUUCUAUGCUUUUUUUAAAAAAUAAUUAUCUGUUAUUAAUUAUAAUGAUGAGUUGUGAUUGAUUUGGAGCUCUUGAUGAAGAAUUUGUUAUUUUGCUCAUUUCUUGAUGACAGCACACUUCUAUCAGUCCAGACGGCAAACUCGUGACAGUCGUUGGGGAUCACUGCGAGGGACUACUCAUAGAUUCACGGGAUGGGAAGGUGAGUCGAAACGCAAUCGCAUGAACCGCUAAACAAAGAUUGGUUUUUGACCCAGAAAACAAAAUGAAAUGAAAAAAAAAACUGAACUCCAGUGUUAAAGGGGUGGCGGUUGUUUUUGACCAAAAAGUCUAAAGGCAUUCCCCGGAUUCGAGGCCUGUUUUCGACCAAAAAGUCUAAAGCAUUCCAGAUUCGAGGCCUGUUUCCGGGAAGAAAGUCAACCUCUCCGAUCUUGAGAAAGACUCUUCUUGGGACAAGAGUUGAACAUCUCAAAUCCAAAGCCUGAUUUCGAUUUUUUUUUUAAAAAGGGUCAAGCUUACCCAAGUCUAGACCUGCAAAUCAUUUUUGUUUUCUAAAUUUAUUUAUUUAUUUUUAUGAACAGGUGGUCUCUCGGCUGGUGGGCCAUCGGGAUUUCUCCUUCUCCUCGGCAUGGCAUCCGGACGGCCUGACCUUCGCGACGGGCAACCAGGACAAGACUUGCCGGGUGUGGGACGUGAGGAACCUCUCAUCGGCCAUCUCGGUUUUGAAGGGCAACCUCGGCGCGAUCCGGUCGAUCCGGUACUCCUCCGACGGGCAGUUCAUGAUGAUGGCGGAGCCGGCCGACUUCGUCCACAUCUACAACACCAAGCAGAACUACCAGCGGCGGCAGGAGAUCGACUUCUUCGGUGAGAUCUCCGGCUUCUCCUUGAGCGCCGAUGGAGAAUCCCUCUACAUCGGAGUUUGGGACCGGAUAUACGCCAGCUUGCUCCACUACGGGCGGAGGCACAUAUUCAAGUACCUCGAUGCAUUGUAG